AUGUAUCAGCAGAAUAGCGACGUUAGUCCAUGGGGACAACCCCCCGAUUAUGUGUUAAAGGAGGCGAAAAACACCACCAAGUUCUUUAAAUGCAUUGGGAGCGUUAGCCAAGAGGAGAGUGGUCAGGUUUUUAUUAGUAGACGAAGUGCUUACCAAGCUUUAACAGAAGAAGAAUAUGAAGCUAGGGAGCUGAAAAAACCGUCAGUUGGAAAGGAGUAUUUUAGUCAUAUGGAUCUUGAAGAUAUUGUCAAUAAGUACCCUUAUAGGAAGAACUUGCCAGAGGAAGAUAUGGUUAAAGAGAGACUAACACGAUUAGCACUGAUUGAUUUCUUGAGGGGACUUGUUGAGUUUGAUCCAGCAAAGCGGUGGUCUCCUCUGCAGGCUUCAAAACACCCUUUUGUGACUGGGGAACCUUUCAGAUGCCCUUAUGAACCAGCUCCGGAGACCCCUCGCAUGCCUUGUUUGGCUGAUUUAUUGGUGUUUUUGAGCAAAUCCAAUGCUGACAGCUCUGUGGUGAUAUGCGAUUGGCUUUGGCUUGCUUUAGAUCUCUUCGAUCUUGGUUGA